UAUCUUUCUCUUUCCUCCCCAGGUAUAACUGCGAUGUGAGAGAGACAGCAACACGCCAAACAAGUGCCUUACGCAAAGCCAACGAAACUGUGCCUUUAUUCUUAGUUGUAACGAACGAAACGCGAACGAAGAUAUUUUUGUAUUUGAUUGAUUCAGACCCGGACCCAGCACCGCAAGCAUCGCCGCGCGCGUGACGUAGUCUCCGCGAGCGGAUCGAGCACGCGCUUCAAGACAACUGGAGGCGGCUGACUCACGCAAACGGGCAACCCCGUGAGCGUCUCCGCUCAUACAGCCAACCGAGAAGACGACGUCCCAGCGCGCGCUCGCUCGACCUCGAGCCGACCAGUAGAGACACCAGCCCUGAACCGGACCCCGGACGCACUGCUACCAUCAGCAGAGCCUACUCCUUAACCAAGAUGGCGACCCUCUCACUGAAGAUAUCGCUGGAAGGCGGCAAGGUGGUCAAGACCAUCCAGUUCGACCCCUCCACCACUAUCUACGACGCCUGCCGCAUCAUCAGGGAGAAGAUCCUUGAAGCUAGUUCUAGUGACCCGAAAGAAUACGGCCUCUUCCUCGCGUCAGAAGAAGACAACAAGAAGGGAAUCUGGCUCGAAGCGUCUCGCAGUCUCGACUACUACAUGCUGCGGAAUGGAGACAUCCUCGAAUACUGCCGGAAGACCAGGAACCUUCGCGUCAGGAUGUUGGAUGGUUCGGUGAAGACCCUGUUGGUGGACGACAGCCAGAUCGUUGCCAACCUGAUGGUGGUGAUAUGCACCAAGAUCGGUAUCACCAACUACGACGAAUAUGGACUGGUCCGUGAAGAACUGAAAGAGGAACCUGACCCUUGCGAGAAGCCCAACUUUGGGACUCUGACCCUGAAGAGGAAACACCAAGACAAGGAGCGAGAUGCUAAGAUGGACCAGCUCAGGAAGAAACUCAGGACUGAUGAUGAAGUCAACUGGGUGGAGCCAGCCAAGACCCUCCGCGAACAAGGCAUUGACGUCACAGAAACUCUGCUCCUGCGCCGCAAACUCUUCUUCUCAGACAGAAACGUGGAUUCCAGAGACCCUGUACAGUUGAACCUGUUGUAUGUACAAGCUAGAGACGCGAUAUUGGAUGGGACACAUCCUAUUACACAGGAUAAAGCUUGCGAGUUCGCGGGUAUUCAGUGUCAGAUCCAAUUUGGUGACCAUAAGGAAGACAAGCACACCACGGGAUUCUUAGAUCUGAAAGAAUUCCUCCCCGCGUCGUACGUAAAAGUGAAGGGGACUGAAAAGAAGGUGUUCAAAGAGCACAAACGCCACGCCGGCCUCUCCGAGUUGGACGCCAAGGUUCUCUACACUAAGAACGCCAGGGACCUGCCUACUUACGGCGUCGCGUUUUUCCUUGUCAAGGAAAAAAUGAAGGGCAAGAACAAACUAGUCCCCCGUCUCCUGGGUGUCACAAAGGACUCUGUGCUCCGUCUAGACGAGAAGACCAAGGAAAUCCUCCAGACUUGGCCCUUAACUACCGUGCGGCGUUGGUGCGCCAGUCCUAACACCUUCACCCUGGACUUUGGUGACUACAGCGACCAAUACUACUCCGUGCAAACCACCGAGGCCGAACAGAUCUUGCAAGUGAUCGCCGGCUACAUAGACAUCAUCGUGCGCAAGCGCCGCGCGCGCGACCACCUCGGCAUCGAGGGUGAUGAAGGGUCUGCCAUGUUGGAGGACUCUGUCUCGCCUUCCAAGGCUAACAUCAUCCAACAUGAUACUUUCAAGUCCGGCAAAGUGAACACAGAAUCUGUGGCCAAGCCAGCAGUUAUGAGACCGGGGGCUGAAGGCGCGAAGGUGUUCGCAGUGGGCCACAUGACGAGCGCACAGCAGACUACCAUAUCCGGACAAGUCAUCACGGGGCACACGCCGCCAGCCGCUUCGCAAGUCCAGCAAACUCGGGUUACUUCGAUCAUGAGCGAACCACAGAGGGCGCUACUGUCCACCAUUACUACUGGACGAGAACUUAUUAAGCAUACAGAGGAGAGCCUUAGCAGGGCGACCCUGCCAUCUCUCGGGCAAGACGCAGCCUCUGUCAAAUGGAAGCAAGUGACCAUGGAUACUUCCAAGCAAGUUGUGACGUCACAGAUCGCCGCUAUGAACGCUGCCACUGCGCAAGUCGUCACACUCACCUCAGGUUCUACAGAAGAAGUUGACCAUACGGCGGUUGGUGCAGCUAUAACCACCAUCACCAGCAACCUGCCCGAGAUGACCAAAGGUGUCCAAAUGAUCGCUGCUCUUAUGGAGGAUGACGACAACGGGGAUCGUUUACUAGAUGCCACCAGGAAGCUGUGCUCCGCUUUCAGUGACCUGCUGAAGGCUGCUGAGCCUGAGACCAAGGAGCCUCGCCAGAGCCUCCUGAACGCCGCGUCCCGCGUCGGCGAGGCGUCCACCUCGGUCCUCCACACCAUCGGGGACGAGGAAGACAAGGAGACACAGGACAUCCUCCUGUCGCUGGCUAAGGCCGUGGCCAACACGACGGCGGCGCUGGUGCUGAAGGCGAAGAACGUGGCCGCGCAGUGCCGCGACGAGCAGCCGCUGCAGAACUCCAUCAUCGCCGCCGCCACGCACUGCGCGCUCGCCACCAGCCAACUAGUCGCCUGUGCUAAGGUGGUAGCCCCAACUCUCCACAACCCGCAAUGCCGCGAGCAACUCACAUCCGCCGCCCGCCUGGUCGCUCGAGCCGUCGAGAAGCUCGUGGACAGCUGCCGCGCCGCCGAGGGCGUCGCUCCGCAGAACGUGGAGCAGCUCACCGCUGCUGCUAAACGAGUUUCUGAAGAGCUGGAGAGGCUGUUGCAGCAUUGUCACACUGACCGCCGAGCUCAGCCCAGCGUGACAGAGCGCUCCGUGGAAACCGUGAUGACGGCCAGCGAACGGGUGGUCGAAGCUCACGACCCUGCCGAGAUGGUGCGCCAAGCCAGAUUACUUGGCCAAGCAACUGCCCAUUUGAUUACUAAUAUCAAGACGGAAGCCGAGAAACAGCCAUCAGACGCCCAGCGCAAACUGUUGGCAGCCGCUAAGCUGUUAGCUGACGCCACUGCAAGAAUGGUAGAAGCGGCGCGACAAUGUGCUACCUCACCACAGGAUCGUGAGAAGCAAGAAAAUCUUCGCAAAGCGGCUGAAGAACUGCGUUACAUCACCGUCGACUACGCACAGGGACAGGACAUCGUUAGCUCACAAAUGGCUCGUCUGCAGGAAACCGCUCGGCACGCUGCUUCCAGCGCAACUCAACUGAUAACCUCAGCUCACAAUGCUGCUCAGCACAACACCAACAAAUACUCACAGGAAUCUCUUCUGCAAGAGUGCGAAGUGUUAUCCGAGCAUAUCCCUCGCGUGGUGGACGCGGUGCAAGUCGCUGAGCGGCGGCCGGACCACGCCGCCGCCAGGUUGGACCUUAUUGCCAGCGCGGACGCCUUCUUACAGCCAAGCGGCCAUGUCCUGCAGGCGGCUCGCGCGGCGCUCCCCACAGUGGCGGACGCGCCCACGGCCAAGCAUCUCACGCACACCACGCAACAACUCACGGCUAGCUGUGCUGACCUUAGGUCCGCCGUGAGCCGCGCCCGCAUCUCAUGCAAGGGCCUAGAACUGGACGCGGCGGCCGAGAUCAUCCGCUCGUUGCAAGAGGAACUGGACGAACUUGACGAAGCCGCCAGGGCUUUCGAUCUCAAGCCUUUGCCGGGACAGAGCGCGGAAUGGGCGCGCUCCACCAUGGCAUCCGCCUCCCGCGCCGCCGCCGGCUCCACCGCGCAGCUCGUGUCGGCCGCGCGCCGCCAGGACCCGCCGGGCUGCGGGGACGCCGCCGCCGGCCUCUCCGCGGCCUUACGACAGUGGACCGGCGGCGUCAGGGCCGCCGCGCAUGCUGACGCGCAACACACGCCCAGACUAACAUCGACUGGGCGCGAAGUCCUCUACUCCUCACUGACGUUGGUGGAAACUGUGAAGACUUACCUUUCUACUUCGGAGCGAGUCGACAUCUCUACCAUCGUGACCAUGGCUAAGGAUGUUACUCAAAAUCUGGACACGAGCCUAGAAGCGGUGCCUUCUCACUCGGAACUGCAUGCCGCCAUGGAGAAUAUCAAUGAGACGCUGAAUAUUCUCAACAUGGGAGAGUUCCCGCCCAGCGACCGAACCUAUGGUGAACUUCAAUCGGAACUGAACGCGGCGGCCGUAGGUCUCAACUCGGCUUCGUCAGAAGUGGUACAAGGUAUAGAGUCGCCUUCAGCCCUCGCUGAAAACUCCAGACACUUCGGAGACGCUUUCAACCGUCUGCUGGGAGUUGGCAUGGAGAUGGCUGGACAGACUGAGGACCGAGAAACCCAAACUCUAAUGGUGAACUCCAUGAAAUCGGUGACCAUCAACUCUUCCAAACUGCUGACGGUGGCCAAGUCCGUCAGCCAAGACUUGACGCGGCCCAACGCCAAGAACCAACUCGCCGCCGCCGCCAGAGCUGUUACUGAGAGCAUUAAUAGACUGGUGGAUGUAUGUACCGAAGCUGCCCCAGGCCAGAAGGAGUGUGCUGCCGCUAUACGCAGCAUCGAAGGUUCUAGAGUCCUUCUCGACGCGCCGUCUCAGCCCGUCAGCGAACUCAGCUACUUUGCCAAUGUGGACGCUUGUGUCGCACACAGCAAGGCUCUCAGCGAAGGCAUGUCAAGCAUGGCGACCUCAGUGAAGCGGUCGGAACACACGCAGUUCUGUCGCGCCGUGCGUAACGUGGCCGACGCCGUGCUGGGCCUUGUGGACUGCACCGCGCAGGCUGCUUAUUGGGUGGCAGUAUCAGACUCAACAUCAGUCGCCGGUCGGCCAGGUUUGGUGGACCAGGCGCAAUUUGCCCGCGCAGCAGUGGCUAUCGACCAAGCUUGCCAAGCUCUGGCCGAUCCUACUAGCGACCAACAACAGGUGUUAUCCGCCGCCACAGUAAUAGCCAAGCACACCAGCGCCCUCUGCAACGCGUGUCGCGUCGCCUCCGGCAAAACCACCGAACCUCAGGCCAAGCGACACUUCGUGCAGGCCGCUAAGGACGUGGCCAACUCGACAGCGGCGCUCGUCAAGGAGAUCAAGGCGUUGGACAGCGACUAUAGCGAGGCUAACCGCGCUCGCUGCGCCGCCGCCACCGGCCCCCUGCAAGAAGCAGUGCGCAGUCUCUGUCAGUUUGCUGACAGUCCACAGUUCAGCUCCGUGCCUGCCCGUAUCUCACCACAGGCCAGGCAGAGCCAACAGUCUAUACUAGAGAGCGGAAGGAGCAUCAUCUCAGCGUCAUGCUCAAUGCUGGAAUCGGCCAAGGCGUUGGCAGUGACACCAGACGCCCGUCCUCAGUGGCAGUCCCUCGCCACUCACAGCAAGACAGUCUCUGACAGCAUCAAGAGUCUACUCGGCGAUAUCAGAGAGAAAGCCCCCGGACAAAGGGAGUGCGCAGCGGCCCUUGAGACCCUGGGCAGACAACGUCGCGCGCUCGACCAAGCUGCCUUACAGGCUGUGGCUCAAGAACUGCCUACCAUGAAGACAGACUCGCUGCAAGGUUACCUGGAGCAAAUAGAAAACAGUACGACUGAGAUGCUUGAACGCAUCGAGCCGGUUCGCGUCGCCGCGAAGGGAGAAGCGGAGAACCUUGGACACUCCGUUGUACAACUGGUAUCAUACUGCGAACCCCUCGUCUCAGCGACCAUCGGCGCCGCCUCCAACAUGACAUCGUCAUCGUCAUCAGGAGAACUUAUGGAGCACGCUCGGACCGUGCUGGAAACUCUGGCACUGGUCACCCAUGCUGCUAGCCAGGCUGCUGGAAAUCCUACUGCUCUCACCGCCCACCGCAACGUAGACCAACAGAGUCAGCUCUGCCGCUCAGCGCUCACCGAACUUCUAGAAUGUGCUAGAACGUUGAGCACAGAACGUGGCGCUGUGGGACCUCUGCUAGACUCGCUACAGCGAUCUGUCUGCAAGCUCACUCCUAGCAGACUAUCUCUGGUGGGAUCGUUUGACGAGACAGAUUCCUUCGUCGACUACCAGACGAGGAUGGUCGGCACUGCCAAGGAGAUCGCUCGCCUCGCUACAGACAUGACGGCGAAGGCAGCAACGGACGCGAGCCGACUGGUCGUGCUCGGAAACGAGUUGUGCGUCAAGUAUGAACAGCUCGCCCAGGACAGCGUGGGGGCCUCGGCUACCACUCCUAACGCUGAUGUGGCUAACAGCAUCCGUGUGGCUGUAGUGGAGCUAGGCGAAGCAGCCGCCGAGCUCAUCAAGGCUGGCGGGGCUUGCCGUCUCAACUCCAACACCGACGCUCGUCGACUCGUCGCUGACUGCUCUAGGAAAGUCAGCGAGAAGGUGGUGUCAGUGCUGGCCGCGCUGCAGGCCGGGUCGCGCGGCACGCAGGCGUGCAUCGACGCCGCCGCCACCAUCGCCGCCAUCAUCCAGGACCUCGACACCACCAUCCUGUUUGCUAGCGCAGGCACUCUCCACUCUGAGAAAGAAAACGACACCUUCUCCGAUCACCGCGAGAAUAUCCUCAAGACGGCCAAGACGCUGGUGGAAGACACCAAGACCCUCGUUGGAGGGGCCGCCGGUACCCAGGAGCAACUGGCCCAUGCUGCACAGAACUCGGUCACAACCAUUGUGCAACUCUGUGAAGUGGUUAAACAAGGCGCUAUGUCGCUUGGCUCCCACUCCCCCGAGCCGCAAGUGUUGCUGCUCCACGCCGCUCGCGACGUCUGCGCAGCGUUACGAGACUUGGCUGCUGCCACUACCGCUGCUAGUGGCAAACAGUUGAAGCAUCCGGACUGUGAAAGACUGAAGCAUGCUGCUAAGCGGCUGACAGACAAGCGGCGGAGCCUGCCCACCCCUCGCCGCCGCGACUACAACUCCGCCGACUCCGAGACCGAUCUCUUCCAGUCAGACCAAGAGGACGAACUUAUCAAGCUGCUAGACUAUUCCAGUCAGGAUGAUGAUGUAUCUCCAUCCGUCUUCCAUGAUAAUUGCGAGGAAAUCAUCGCAUAUAUAGAAAGAUUAAUGAAAAACCCUGAGAAAAGAAAGGUCGAUGAUGAUCUUAAUCUUAGAUAUAAUCUCGCAGCGAAAAAUAGCUUAGUUGAUAUGGAUUGGAGAGUAUUGAAGUAUGGAGAGAAUAUCCUACUUGGUGAAGUUAAGACGCUAGUAGAUCUGUUCAUAGAUUAUAAUGAAAGAGCGGAAAAUAAGCGUAAGAGAGCGGUCAUUAUGAGAUUAAAAGCAAAUGAUGAUUUGGAUAAAGAAAUGAAGAGAUUAUCUCAAGUUAUUGAAGAUAUGGACUCUGAAGUAGAUGUUAAGGAAGUCACAAAAACUAUUAGGUCUAUACAGACGUUCCCCAGGACUAAUAAAGUAGAAAAGCUGAAGAACCCAAUAUUUAAAGUUAGGAAAGUUAGACCAGUCAGUUUGGAAUGUAAAAGUCCUAGUCCAGAGAAAAUCUUUGAAGUUAAAAGUCCUACUCCAGAUAAAAUAGUUGAAGUUAAAAGUCCUAUUCAUGAAAAACAAAAUGGGUUCACAGAAAUCACAGUAGCUCCAGAAAUGGUUGCUAAAGAUAUCAAAGUGAUCUUCCAAAAGAUGUUGAACGAUGAUUCUGAAUGGUGGAAAGCGAUUGCUAAAAAGAACUUAGACAAAAUGGAAGAAACUAGGAAAGAACUAGAAAGAUUCAGUGGACAUGAGUUAGUACUAGGUGACUUCCAAAAUGAGAUAGACAAGUAUGAGAACGAGAAGAAAACGUUACAGACGUUUAUCGAUGAUGUCGAUAAAUCGAAAGCUGUAAAUAAAGAUUUGGAAUACGAUAAAAAAUAUGAAGAUAUGGUUUUGAAACUCAUAGAGUUUGCUAAGAAAGAUUUUGUUUAUAAAGGUUUUGAUCCACUUAUAGAACAACUCAAAGCUCUUUCUAAUAUACAAAUAGAAGCUCGUAAAAAGAAGGUUCAUAUUCAAGAUAUUGUCAAUAUUUAUACACAAAUUGAUAUUUCUAAAUAUACUUAUGAGGAGCUCUGUCUGCUAGAAAGAUAUUACAAAGAAAUUAUCCGCAAAUAUAAAGAAGAAACUUACAAUAAAGAGAAUAUUAAAAGAGAUGAUAGAUCCCCUAGCUUAUGCAGAGAUGAAACUCAGUCAGCCCCGCCAACUUUCCAUAGAAACGUAAUCUUAAAUGUUCAUUCAAGUCAGAAUCUAACUAAAAACAUAAAACAUUAUGGCAGCACAAUAAUCACUAAUGGCGACUCUUUAAAACGCUCUCAAAUCAACUACAACAAUUCUAAAAAUAACUUAGAAAUCUUCGAUCUAACUCGAACUUACCCUGAAGAAUAUUACGCCAACAACUGGUGGUCUAUUUACGAAGACAUUUUAAAGAAUAGGGAACACCAAUUCGGUUCUAUAGAUAACUGGUGGAACUUCUACGAAGCGAUCUUAAACAAAAAAGACACAUCCGAUGAAGAAUUGAAGAAGAUUCGCGCAGUGGUGAAAUACAGGAAUAGUCUUCGGAAACCAAGUAGCAGGAUGGAGGAACAGUUGAAAAUGCUGGACGGAGUGAAGAGACAAUCAUUCACGGAGAGCGAGGAUGUGGCGACGGAUAACAGAGAAUCGGUUAUGGUGACGAAUGUGACGUCACUGCUGAAGACAGUGAAGGCGGUUGAAGACGAGCACACGAGAGGAACCAGGGCGCUCGAGAGCACUAUUGAGGCGAUCUCGCAAGAGAUUGAGAUCCUCAUGAACCCGACGCCUCCUAAAACCACGGCCACGCCAGAAGAACUCAUCCGCUGCACGCGCCAGAUGACGGUCAGCACAGCGAAGGCAGUGUCCGCCGGGAACAGCAACAAGCAAGACCAGUUGACGGCCGCUGCUAACCUGGGACGGAAGACUGUUGUAGACCUGCUGGCUGCUUGCAAGGCUGCAGCCUUCACAGCGGAAACCGACGAGCUCCGCAUACGCACCAUAGAAUCUGGUCGCGAAGCGGCUCUAGCUUACAGAGCGUUACUCCAAGCCGUACUCAGCGGCAACGGCAAACGACAGUUGCCCGACUUGUCCAGACGAGUUGCCGCCGCCGUGGCUGAUAUUAUCGCCGCUGCUGACUUACUUAAAGGUUCAGACUGGGUGGACCCCGACGACCCGACCAUCAUCGCCGAGAACGAGCUGCUCGGGGCCGCCGCCUCCAUCGACGCCGCCGCUAAGAAACUCGAGUCUCUGCGCCCGAGGAAGAGCAUGAAAGUUCAGGAAGCGGAUGAGAGCCUGAACUUCGACGAGAUGAUCCUAGAAGCAGCCAAGUCCAUCAUCACGGCUACUUCCGCCCUCGUUCGAGCCGCUUCUGCCGCGCAGAGAGAACUUAUUGACCAGGGCAAGGUCGCCCGCAGGCCGACUUCUUCCUCCGAUGAUGGGCAAUGGUCCGAGGGUCUCAUCUCCGCGGCCCGCCUCGUCGCUGCGGCAGCACAUUCUCUGGUCGAAGCUGCUAAUGCUUUGGUCCAGGGGGCAGGGUCAGAAGAAAGGCUGAUCUCCAGUGCAAGACAAGUGGCAUCGUCUACGGCUCAACUGUUGGUGGCUUGUAAGGUUAAAGCAGACCCGUCGUCAGAAUCCACCCGGCGCCUGCAAGCGGCCGGCGCAGAGGUCAUCCGCUCCACAGACAACCUCGUGCGAGCGGCCAGGGACGCCAUGCACUGUGAGGAGGAGCGGAGCUUGGUGCUGAACAGGAGAAUGGUGGGGGGAAUCGCUCAGGAGAUCGAUGCCAGAUCCGAAAUCCUCCGCAUCGAGAAGGAGCUAGAAGAAGCUAGAGGGCGCCUCAACGCGAUCCGCCAGGCCAAGUACAAGAUGCGCGGCGCAGAGACCUCUGGCGAUGAAACCGACACUGACGUCACACUUGGACGAGUGCCCGUCAGGCCUCGCACCCCCAACAGCAGCUACAUAAACACAACAUACAGCCCCAACAGCACAUACUCUGCUUACAACACGAACUUAAGCCAACACAUCUCGCAGUUAGACCACUCUAUACACGGACAACACCCUGGUUACCAAUACGGCCAGAAUAUACACCCUACUAGCCCGGGGUAUAACCAAAGUGGGCAAAAUAUACACCCAACUAGCCCAGGUUAUACUCAAGGUCAUGGACAAAAUAUACACCCAACUAGCCCAGGUUAUACUCAAGGUCAAAGUAUACACCCAACUAGUCCUGGCUAUGGGCAAACUCAAGGUCAAACGUACAGCCAAACUGGUCAAAAUUACACCCAAACUCAUACCCAAAAUAUACACCCGACAAGCCCUGGCUAUAAUCAAAAUUAUAACCAGAACAUGUCACAUACAACGCACUCGAGCAACGGUUAUUCUACGCUGGAGAGAAAGCAUGAUGAAAAGCAGUAUACUGUGCAGAGCCCGACCUUUUCCAGUUUUCGGCCGCAAGAGGAGGCCAAGCAGAAUUAUGAGGGGUUCACUACUCGAAGCAGAAAUGACAGAACGAUGAAGAGCAUGGACGAAACCAUAACCGUGCGAUCGCUGCAACUGCCCCAAGUGCGGACCGCCGUGCUCGUGGGCCCCGGCCCCGAGCCGGCCUACAGGCGGGAGGGAGACAGGAUAUAUUACAAGAGGGAGAAGCCCGCGCCGCCGCCGCGCCGCGCCUCCUUGCUAAACUACGAAACCAGGCUCUUCGAUACUCCGCGAGAACAGAAGACGGAAGAACAAAGGCAGUACGAAUCUAACAUCUUUAAAAAAGAAUUCGGUUAUGAACAGAAAAUGGGCCCUAUAAGCCCUAAAUUCAACGCGAGAGACCUCAAAUUUGAUGAUAAAGAACAUAUCUAUUCAACCCUUAAAAAACCAGCGAAUUUCGAUGGGGUCGGACAAAGCUUCUCCGAACACCAAAAAUCUACAGAAGCAAUCCCAGGCGGCACUAAACAGACAGAAUUCUCUAUGAAAAGCGAAUCGUAUCAAAGCUACCCUAAAACAGAAUUCAUAAAAACAGAAACAAAAUCACCUUUCGUUACCUCGACGCCUUCGAAAUUCGAAAAGUCCGAUUACCACCAAGAGUUCAAACAGACGUCCACAGAUCUUGUCAAAGCGGCCACGCCAGACUACGAAAGAAUAUCUUCGCCUUACGGCAAAGAAGUACACAGUUACGGAGGCCCGAAUUACAUGGAAGAAACUACAACAGAAGUCAAAGAGAUACCUAAUGGAACUCAAAAGGUCACCACUACCAAAAUAUACAGCUCUUCACCAGUGAACCUAACAACUACAAACACAAAAUAUGAACCUGUCAAACUAGAAGGCAUCGAUGAAUUAUCCAAGUCUUUUGACAACGACAGUCGCUACAGCACUUUGGAUUCGAGAUUCAACACUUUAGAGUCAAAACUAAGUUCAGACACAAGUAGAUCCUUCAUGAGACCUUCUGAGUUCCAGGAGAGCCAUGUAGUUAAAAAAGACCUGUCGAAAGAGAUUGAUAACUUGGAUAAGAAGUUCUCGAAAUCGACUAUUAGUUCGGAAACUAUUGAGAAGAAGAGCGUUAUGACGAAAUCGCAUAAAUCGGAAACGAGUUCGACUGUCACCAAGAAAUUUGGGAACUUUUAAAGGUUCGUUUCAACUUGAGUGCCCUUAGACUAUAACAUAUUAUAUGUCAACUCAAUUUUCCACAAUUUGUAUGACAAAAUUGAAAUAUGAUUUGAGUUACGUAUAGAAUAAGGGCACUUAUAAGGUUUUGAGCUACAGGCUUGCUAGUUCCGCCGGUUUUAUUGUUUUUAUAAGUAAAUAUGUUUUUAGCCAGAUGAUAUUACAGUAUCGGAUAUCUAUAAGCGGAAUUUGCUGUUAUUAAAAUUAGCAAAACAUAUGUACAGUACUGAAAAUAUCCGCCGUUACGUUAUACAGGUAACAAUAACAAUUGGCGCCCAAUUUUUCUAAUAUUUUCUGGCUAUUAUUUUUAUUUCUAAAUAUACAUAAUAUUAAAUAUUUUUGUAUCAAUAGAAUCGGCUUCAAGGCUUAAAGUAGAUGUUGUGUUCGUCAAUUAAAGGAGUAGUUAUGUGUGUAGCUUCUGUAGUCAUACUAGACGAUUGUAUGGCAUCAUAUAAUAGAGCUUCAGUAGCGCGUGGAUUAACCAAAACUAGUCCUUAUUGUAAAGGUGAUAGAGUUCACGCGUAUGUUAUAUGGCAUUUGUGUGUGCAUUAAAAUGAAAUUGAUUCUUAUGAAAUAUGUGAACGCACGUUGAAAUUUAAAAAUAUAUUGAAAUUAUAAAAUAUAUGUCUCGAACGAAGAUUUUAUGUUUAGAUGAUAAUACUGCCUUUGUCUUGAUAGUUAAACGUGUCAAUAUUAUGUUAUUUUUAGUUCCUUACUAUAAAUGCAAGGACUUAUGUAAAAACAUAUUUUAGAAUAAAGGAAUUAAAAGUAACAUGACGAUCAAGUCAAGAAUACUAUUACAAAAAUGCUACUUUAAAAAAUAUGUAAAUAUUGUUACAUGUUAUUUAAACGUUUUUUGUAUGUAUUCUUGACUGCGAGAAAGUAAUAACUGCGAAAUAAUAAAAAAUAUUGAAGAUUAAAUUUAAAAAAUGCCAAAAAGUUACCUUUUGUGUAAAAGGUUAGCAGUUAGUACUUUGUUUUCGGUGCUAGACACGGUUUUCUUUACUUAGUGCCUAAACUUGGCCUUAGAAAGAGUAUACAAAGAGUAUUGUUUCAAUUUGAAAAUUCUAUAAAAGUUGAUGUUUUGGUGAAAAUUAUUAUUCUGACUGGGAGCGGUUGAAAAUUGACUAAAUUAAUAAACAACUGGGUUUGGACAACAUCCAACAAUGAAUAACACUAACUAUGAAAUAAACUUAUUAAUUUAAUAGACUUACAAUUAAAUACCAAUAUAUAUAAAUAACAUUAUCGUUUUUAAGAUCCAAUGUUAUAAACAAUAAUAAACAUAUUAUUCUUCUUUUAUAAAAAAUCUAACACAAAAACAAUAUUCUACCAAAGAAAAGUUGCAAAAAAAUAACUUAUGUUAUUUGUGUCAAUUGAAGGAUUUUCUUAACUUUCCUUAUAUUUCUUGAUAAAAAAUAGAGCUCCUAGUCGAAUUCACGAAGUGCUAGCCCUUUGGGUACCUUAUACCUUAUGCCUUUAAAUAUAAUAAUGUAUUAUGAAAUGUGAAAUUAUUAAAAUAUAUAAACCAAGGCAGGCAAUGGGGCGUGGUGAAAAGAUAAAUAAAGUUUUUUUCGACAAACUCAAAUUAUAAUAUAAAAAAAAAACAUUAAACUGGAAUUGUAUUAAAAACUAUUGAGUAGAGACAAAAAAAAUAGUGGGGAAACUUAGAUCUCUUUACAGUUAAAAUAUUGACUGUCAAAGUGGACUCAAAUAUACAGACCUUAAAAAUAUAUAAAUAUAUUACUUGAAUUUUAGGUUAAAUUUAGUAUAUUAGAUUUCUUGCCACAGAUAUCUUCAUAAUAAAUAUAUAACGUCUACACUCAAAUAUAUUAAAAAGUGAUAAAUAAACAAAAAUAUAAAGAUAAAAAUAUUAUAAAAUACCCACGCCCCUAGUCCUUAAGCCAAAACCAAAUGUGCCAUUAAAACAUUUAUUGAUUUACAACCGUGCCUUUAACAAAUAAAAAGCCUUCUAAUGUCUUUAAAUUAUUACAAAUAAAUUUUUAUUACAACGCGUCAAAACUAAAGGUACUUUUGAUAUAAUAUGUUAUAUCAAAACUACCCACAAACGUGCCAUAAACAUUUUUGUACAUAAUGUAUGUAUACUAUGUGAUGUGUAGGGUGCAAAUGUAACACAUAACAUGUAAGACAUAGUCUGGCAAAUAAGAGAAGAAAAUAAUAGGGGCGCCACUGUCUAUGUAAAUCGUAUUGCAUGUGGCAACUAUUAUGACACUUCUGUAUGAAAAUAUUAAGUGUUGCUAUGAUAAAAAAAAAACCAUUUCUAUUCUUUUUUGCCAAACUGUAGCUCAGUCGCCCAUACUCUACGUAUGAGCGAAUGAGCUCUAAAUAGCUUAUAUUAAACUAUUUAAGUACUAAUGAUUGUAACAGCUAGGUAGCUUAUAAUCUCAGAUAUUUUUCAUUUAUAUUAAUGCGUCUGGAUAUUAAAAUGGGUCAAAUUGCUUAAAUAUAUUAUAUAGAUGUCGUAAUAUUUAGCAUUUAUACGGUAGUUACAUAGAUUGCGAGUAUAUCUGAGAUUAUUUCUAAUGCAUAUAACAUAUUUAUUUCAAUGUAAACAAAUUAUGAUAUAUGGUUUAUUUUUUAUAGAAAAAUUAUGGCGACGUCCACCGUGGUUUGAAGAAGAUCCUGUAAAAUGUUAUUGUGCCUUAAUUUCGCUUGAAAAUGUAUUCCAGCAUAAAUAUAUAAUUCCAAUUUUAUUUGAUGACAGCUUGAAUUCGGUAAUUAUAUUAAGCGUGUGAUAAUUAAUAUUUUUGUAUAUUAAUAUUAUAUUAUAUUAAUAUAAGAUGCCCGCGAAAAGCGUCACGUCCACUGGAGGUAAUAUAACACCAAUCAAAUAGAUUUAUGUCUAUAUUAACUUUACAUAUAUUUCGUAUAGUAUAAUUAUUAUAAUUAACUGUACUUGGUAAAUUAGAUAUAAGUUUGGACUGUCUGUGUCAGAUAUAUUACGCUAAAGUUCUAAGAAAUAGAAAAAAGGCAGAAAACACUUUGGUUCAAGUAUUUUUGUCGUUUUUAUCUUUUUAUUUUAUUUUAGCGGUUAUAUUGACACAGACUAGACUAUACAUUUGUCAAGUCAUCAAACAUAUAACAAAACGUGUGUUUUGUAAGUUUGUAAUAAUUAUGACGUCAUAUAACGUCAGGCUAAUCUGGUGUCUUAUUAUUAUUAAUAUAAAUAUAGUUAUGACUAUAUUAUUAUAAUCUUGAAAUCUAAUAUAUGUAAUGUAGAUAUUGCGAGCGAACUGUUUGCCUUAUAUUUUAAAUGCAGAAUAAUUUUGAACGAAUUACAAUGUCUCAGAUUAUAUUUAAAGACAAGUAAAUGCAAAAAUAUAAUAUAAGUACACAGUGAAAAUCUCAUCUUAACAUUAUAAUAUUUUUUUUACAACUAAGCAAAAAAUUGUAUCACGUUAAAAAUUAAUCUGUAUAAAAAUAUGUAUUUGUUAUUUUAAUGUCUUUUAUGAAUAAUUUUAGUCUCGAUCGCAUACAGUUCUCACGCGAACAAUUUUGAUACUUUUAUUAUAAUAUAUUAUACAUUGUAACCUCUAUAGGGAAAACCAAAUAAAAUCACUAAUUAUUAUUGUUUUGUUUAAAUCGCUUUCGAUUUAUAAGUUUAUUGUUUGUCGUCGGUAGCGCCCUCUGUGGGGUUUCUUUGUAACAUUACAGUAUGGGUGUAAUAAAUAACUAAUUGUA